UAUACUCAAAAUAAACAAUAUACUUAUUGAGGUAACAAGUUUAUUCGAGAACUAAUUCGAAUAUAAAAUACCUACUUAAAUCUACUAGCUGUUGAAUCAAGAUGGUCACAAAAUCGUUCAGGUUGUCAUUCUAAGUAAAUGUAAAUAUUAUAUAAUAUUGCUAGAAAUGGAAAAUAUUAACUUGGAUUUAUCUGUGACUGCCGAAUUUUCAAAUAAAUCCGAUAAAGAUGGGAAAGAAACUCAUCAGGCUCAAUCCUUAAAAUUUUUCGAUGUUAAAGCUAAAUUAGAGCUAACUGCAUCGCAGAAAAACGAUUUACACGAAGCGUUCAACCUUUUAGAUUACAAUGGAGAAGGCAAAAUCAAAGCAGAAGAUUUUCGUGUAGCCAUAAAGGCUUUAGGAUAUGAACCUACGAAAGAAGAACUUCAAAAAAUGAUUAAUGGCGUGGAUAAAGGUCUUACUGGCAAAUUGAGUUUUGAGAACUUUGAAACCGCUAUUAUGCGUAAAAUAAUGUCUCUGGAUACUGAUGGUGAUAUAAUGAAAAGUUUUAGGCUCUUUGAUAUGGAUGACUGUGGAUUUAUUAGUUUUGAAAAUCUGAAACAAGUUACUAAAAUAUUAGGAAUUUACUUAAGUGAUCAAGAAAUUGAAGAAAUGAUUGAUGAUGCUGACAAGGACUUCGAUGGAUUCAUUUCUGUUCAAGAGUUUAUGAGAAUGAUUAAAAACUCGGUUGAUAUCGUUACUCCAUAACUACAACACUGCUGUCUUUUCACAUAUCAAAAUAUAAUUUAUUAAUAACCAUUGUUUUUUUUUUCAAUAAAUAUUAUUACUCUAUAUCACUAAUACAAUCAAUAGUACUUAUUAAUAGUAAUUAUUUUUAAAGUUGGUAGCACUUGUAGGAUUUAAAUUUUCGAAAAUUCAAAGUCGUUGACAGUUUGACAUUUAAUUUUUUUAAAUUCAUGAACGUUAACUGUAAAUAUUUGUUUUAUUAGAAAUCCUGUUUACAAAUAUCGUGGACAAGCCUAAGUAAAAGAAAUUGUUAAGGUUAAAUCAAGUGCAAUCAUUAUAUAUA